UAUAAUAUUGAAUCCCCAAGCACGAGUUAUGCUUUGUCUCAACAACUCAACGAAGACCUUAAUUGCUUUCUCUGCUACUUUCAUUCAACUAUCGGAUCAUCUCUUCCGUCUUAGAAUUCUGAAUUACGCAGCUCCAUCUUACUAGCACGACUAUCUUCAGCAAAAUGCAGAACGAGAAUCCUUCAAGUGAUGGCCUCAACACCAGCACCGCCGAUGCAGCUACAGUCCCGUCCGGCAACAAAAAUUAUACUUUCUGUGAUGCAACUUCACCACACUUGGCUGACAAUCCAUUUCUCUCACCUACCUCAACUCAACAAUUCGAUUCCUCUGAAUUCAUCCCCAACUUCUACUCAACUUUCUCUCGCAGCUCAAACUCCCCUUCCCUAACCUCCUUUGACGACGAUACUGAUGACAUCGUCAAUGAUCGCCGCCUCCACCAAGCUAGCUACAUUCUCGAGUACCAGCAACUCUACAAUCGGUACACUCUCUGCCUCGCUCAUCUGCAGGAAUCUAUCAAAGAAGUCGAAGCUCUUCACCAGGAGAACGAAUCUCUCCGACUUGUUAACACCGAUUUGGAUCGACGCCUGAGCGUCCUCACGCAGGCCACCAUACAAAACUGUCUUCUCUCUGAUUUCAAUCGUUUUGGUAUGGGAGUCAACCGAGAUAAUCAAAUAUCUGAUUCCAGACCCUCGAACACCAGGCAGGGGAGCGUCGUGGAAACGAACCGGCCUGAGCGAAGGAACGUCGAACGAGUCUCGCUGCCAAAGAGCAUUUCUGUCCGCUCGAGCGGUUAUCUCAAGUUGAAAGCACAAGGUGGAAACAAUGGAGGUCCCAGCCAGGCAAAAGCUCGGCAAAAAUCUACGGUUCCACCCCUAAUCGAAUCUCAACAAAGAGUGUACGUUCCUGGAGGCAAGAAGGAAGAGGAGGCAGUAGAGUUUGACGUUUACAACCAAGGGAUGUUGAAGACAGAGCUGUGCAACAAAUGGCAGGAGACUGGGACUUGCCCUUACGGAGAAAACUGUCAGUUCGCUCACGGUAUCACAGAGUUGCGCCCAGUGAUUAGGCAUCCACGCUACAAGACAGAGGUCUGUCGGAUGGUCCUAGCAGGUGAUAUGUGCCCCUAUGGUCACCGUUGCCACUUCCGUCACUCUCUCACUGAGGAAGAACGACGAACAGGUCCUGGCCUUUUCUGAUGGCUCCAUAUAUCUUCAAUUGAUUUUUAGGUGUAAAACUGCAAUCGUAUGUUCAAUUUCGCAUAUUCGUAAUUCCCCCAAUAGCAAUAAGAUGGACACAUCUUCACAA